AUGUCAUCUUUUGAGGAUCUCUUGCGUCUUAUUUCAAGAACAGGCACCAAAACUGUGCAGUGGUGUAGCGAGCAAAUGGGGGAUGAACAACUUAAGGUUCUUAUUGAUGCAAUGGAGAUUUCUCCUGUUCCUGUUGAAAACAUCAAUCUUUCGCGUAAUGAAAUAACUUCGGAAGGGGCCAAGUUACUGGCCGCUUUUCUUCAAAAUUCACCCAAGGUAAAGGAGGUGGAACUUGCGAACAACAAAAUUUGCGACGUCGGGGCGAAGGCAUUUAUUAAGCUUUUUGAUGCUCCUGAUUACCCCAGUUUCUUUGACCUCGAUGGGAAUCCGUGUUCAAGAACAUAUAUCCAUAACUUGGCGCUCUUGACUCAGGGCAGAACAUUUUCAGAAGAUAUUCGAAAGGGCUUGCUUACGCGUGAAGCGAAUGAACUAAAUAUAUCUGGCAUGAACUACAACAAAUUGGACCCUCGCCUGGUAAGUUUUUAUGUACAGAACGUGAAUGGUUUGAAAAAGCUAAUUUUUUCUGGGUGUUCAUUGGGGGACGCUGGAGCUGGGGCGAUUGGGGCAUUGAUCAAGCAGUGUUCUGUGACACAUGUGGAUUUGAGUGACAAUGGUAUAUCUGAUGCGGGACUUUCACAGUUUAUUGAAUCCGCCAAUCUUCAGCAACAUCCAACAAUUUUGUCACUGUCUUUUGCUCAAAAUAUUCGCAUCGGUAAUUAUGCCGCACAAGCCUUGCCGAAAAUACUUUUUGAAAAGAAUGACAAGAUCACAUUUUUUGAUCUUCACGAAACCUCUGUGACACCCAAAAUACGGUCCAUUAUUGAUCAUGAAUGUGAGCUUAACAAACAGCCUCAUUCCUUGAAGGAGGCAGUGGUUGCAAUACGGACCAAUAAUCCAUCAUGUACAGUAAUCAAUCUUCAGUGGGAAGAAGGCUUGGAAAGAGCGGCAUAUUUUAUUUCACCUGUCUUAAGGGACAAUACACAUUUGUUGGAGUUGAAUUUGGGGAACUGUGGCUUUGGUGAUAAAGGUGUGGAACUUUUAGCGGAGGCACUUAGAACCAAUUCUACUAUUCGGAUCAUCGCAAUUGCCAACAAUGGUAUCAAUUCUGAGGGGGCCAUUAAGCUUUUUCAGUGUAUUGUACGGCACCCGUCUUUGGAGGAAAUUAAUCUGGCAGGGAAUGGAAUUAAUGACGAAGCAGCUCUUUUACUUUUGAAUACACUUCGAAUCAAUGACAAGAUAAAGCGUGUCAAUAUUACCAAUAACUAUAUUGGUUUUGAUUACCUAAAUGAAGUGGAAAGUUUACUUCUUAUUAAUCAGUCACCCAAAAUCAUUCGGAAGCUUGUUGCCAAGAUUGAGGCAAAUGAACCCAGUUUGACAUCAAUAUCGUUGUCAGGGGGAUCAGAUGAAGGAUAUUACAAUGAUGUCUCGGUGAAGCUGCUUUGUCAAGCAUUGGUAUUAAAUACGAAGGUGACUAUUUUGGAUUUAUCCAAAAAUGUGGUUGCUGAUACAGGGGUAGGCUUUAUAGCUGAAAUGCUGAUGACUAACUCUGUUAUCACCCAUUUGAACAUUUCAGAUAAUUCUAUAUCCAAUCGUGGUGUUAAGCGUCUUUGUGCUGCUCUUCGUACGAAUGCGUCUCUUCAGGACCUAGAUCUCUCAAACAACGCGAUUACGGAUGAAGGAGUGGAUGAGUUUCCUGACAUGUUGAGGUACAAUGGUCGCUUGAUCCGGGUUGCAUUGGAUAAAACAGGAGUUACUACAGAUAUGCGCUCCAAGGUGGUUGAAGCGGUAGACCUCAACAAGGAGCCGAAAUGUCUUAAAGAUACAGUGUACAGACUACAAGCUGGAGAUGAAGCCUUACGCAAUGUGGAUCUUCGACGGGAAAAUUGUUCGCGUCCGUUGGAUGAUACUUCCAUUGAAACACUUUGUAUUCAUUUACAAGGAAGAUCAUUUGUGGAAGGUUUGUUUUUUCAAGGCAAUAAAAUUGGAACGAAAGGGUGUCAACACCUUGCUGCGCUUCUUGCACAAGAAGGUUGCGGUAUUCUUUCGCUGGAUUUGUCUUAUAAUCCUGUGGAUGAGGAGGGUCUCCAGGAAUUAUCAAUGGCUUUUUUAUCUCCACACAUCAAAUUGGAUACACUUAUGCUUGUUGGAACUGAAGUGACGUCUGCUGGAGUUACUGCUCUGGUUGAGGUAUUGAAGGUAAACACUUCACUUCAACAAGUGUUUACUCCCGAAAGGGUUUCCGCGGAUGCUUUUUGUGCAAUGAAUCAUGAGCUUAUGGUGAACUGUCAGCCAAGGUCACUGAAACCUCUGUUGACAAGUAUUGAUGCCAAUGAAAAUAUUCCAGAGGUCGUAUUAAGGGAUUCUCAAGUUCUUUUUACAGAUUCAGCUUGUCAACUUCUCAGUGCCUCGUUAGUGAAAAAUAACCACGUUGUUUCACUUGAUUUAUCACAUAAUAAGUUGACAUGCGAAAGUAUGCCGUUCCUUGUGGAAGCUCUCUCUCGAUCCCCAACGAUAUUGCACGUGAAUCUCUCACAUAAUUGUGUUGGUCUUGAAGGGGGAAGGGAGCUUGUGCUAUGCUUACAAGAGAAUGACCAUAUUCUUUCACUCAAUGUACAAGGUAAUGACAUCCCCGAAGAAACUGUAAAUGCAAUCAAUGAGUUGUUGUCGCUAAAUGCAGGUUCAAUUAAAUUGAAAAAGAUACUUCAUCAAUUCAGAAGAGGCGAAUUCCGUGAUGAAAUGAUUAACCUGAAUGGACAAGAUGAGGUCUACAAGCUUAAUGACAAUGAUGUGCGUCUUUUGAGUGAUGUUAUGGCAACAUCCACCACAUUACGUGCCGUUGAUCUUGGAUUGAACCAGAUAACGGACCUUGGAUGUGAGAUGAUUGCGGAUGUACUCCGGCGCAAUCAAAAGAUUGAAGCUCUCUACUUGGAUUACAAUCCAAUCGGGAACGCUGGUGGCGAGGCUUUGUAUAAUGCGUUGAAAGUCAAUCAUCAACUUCAUACUCUUUUUCUGGAGGGUUCCGACGUGCCCGAACAGAUAUGGGAAGAGCUUUUGGGUCUUCUUCAUGUUAAUGAAACUCCACUCAAGGAGAGAAUUAAUAUGCGGGGAAUGGACUUGGCCAACAUUGACGACCACACACAAUUUAAAAGCACAGAUUAUGCCAUUGCUCAAGAGGAAAAGGUGGGACAAGACGCUCUUUGUCUAUACGCAGAUGCUAACAAACCUCUUCUUCUUAAGAGCUGA